CCCCGCGCAGCUCAGUGGUGGAGUCCUGAUGGGCGCCAAGUGUCUCCUCACAUUGACGGGCAAGCGGCGUGGGCUGUGGGUUUAAAAUAACCGGUUGCAGGGACCAUGCUCUCCAAGAAGAAGCUGGCCGGGGACGGACAGACCGACCAGUGGGUGCUGGUGGCCCCAGGUACACCUCGGCUGGGUGCUGGCCAUUAAAUCCUUGCUGUGGGCAUGAGGAGAGUGUACUGUCCCUUUAAUUGGGAUGGUUUAUCAGAGAUGCACUUAUUGUAGGAUAACACUGCCAGGAUCUUUCCUGGUAAAAUAUUUUAUAAAUAAAUAAAUAAAUAAUUAGGCACUAAAGAGUGACUUGUUAGGAAUUUAAAGGGAAUUUCUAAAGAUUUAGGUUAAAAUGGCUGAAUUGUAAACAUGUAUGACUUUUUGACCUACAAUUUUGAAAUUUUACUUUUAAUUCAUGACCAGUCACACUUUAAUAAACGUCUAUAAAAUUGUACUGCUUCUGUGUAACUAUGUUUGUAAACUCUCAUUUGCCCUUUACAAUAUGGAAAUAAAGUGAACAGUAUUCUUCUCCUUUUUAGAGUUAUAGGGUCCCCUCACUCUGUUGGUACUUAUAAAAUCCAUCUGUACAAUAACUCUGGAAUAAUUUUUGUAAAUAAUAGAACAUGCUUUACAAUUACUAGUAAGAGUGAACAAUGAACAUACCAGCAGGUGAUGUCCCAGGGGAUGCUAAGGUUGUUUUUUUUUGUUUUUUGGGGGGUUUUUUUUUUGGAACUGUGUGUGCAUUGAAAUGGAAAUUUUCUAAUUUCAUAUAAAAAUGUUGGAACUAGAAAUAUAUCUGCAACAGUUUUUUUGUUUUGUUUUUUUUAGUUGGCAUAGCUUCACCUAAAAAUGUCACUUCUCCACAGUGUACUGCAAGCAUGUCACACUCAAAGUCUUGCACGGGUCAAAUAAACAAGGUUUAAAAGGGACACUAUAGUCACUCAGAUCACUUCAGCUCAAUGAAGUGGUCUGGGUGCCAGGUCCCCCCAGGUUUCAACCCUUCAGAUGUAAACAUAGCAGUUUUUUCAUAGAAACUGCUAUGUUUACAUUGCAGGGUUAAUCCAGCCUCUAGUGGAUGUCUAACUGAGGCGCUUACCAUUUAAAACUUACUGUGACAUCCCCCACAAUUCCACGUUUAAAGGAUAAAACCCCAAAAGUCUUAAUGUGUAUUUCACAUUUGGUGAAAAAGAGUUGUUGAGCAUUUAUAUUCCCACAAGAAUAUGUUCCAUGCAUGUCUCUAAUCUACAGGUACAUCUUCAUUAAUUUUCAAUCUUUUGGGAUGCUUUAUGUGCUGGCUCCUCAUCUAAUGUGAAUUGUUUGUAAUAUAACUUAAACUAAAUGAACUUUGUGUCUGUAAUUUCAGAAUCUCUAAAAGAUGAUGCAAAAACUAAAAGUAAUAAAACAUUAUUCCUGAAACUACGCAGUCCAUUAACCGGUAUGUAAUCUAAUAUAAUGAUUAUCGUUGCUUAACUUAGCCCUCCAGAAGGAAACCAUUGUUUGGCAAUUCUAAAAUAAGUUUGAGAUAUAAAACGUAUCAAUAAAGACAGGUGAUAUAGGUGACACUGAUCAGCCACAACAUUAGAACCACUGACAAGUGAAGUGAAUCUUAUAUUGUAAAAAUGGCCCCUGUCUGGGUGUGACAUAUUGGGCAGCAAGUAAACAGUCAGUUCUUAAAUUUCAUGUGUUGGAAGUAGAAAAAAUGGGCAAGUGAAAAGAUCUGAGUGACUUUGACAAGGGCCAAAUAGUGAUGGCUAUACAACUGGGUCAGAACAUCUCAAAAGUGGCAAAUCUUGUGGGGUGUUUCCAGUAUGCAGUGGUUAGUACCUACCAAAAGUGGUGCAAAGGACAACCGGUGAAUCAAUAGCAGGGUCAUGGGUGUCCAAAGCUCGUUGAUGGUUGGUCAAUUUGGUCUCUUCACACAGAAGUGCUACUGUAUGUCAAAUUGCUAAAAAUAAAUAAAUACAAAAAUAAUGCUACCCAUGAUAGAAUGGUGUCAGAACACAGUGUGCAUUGCAGUUUCAUGUGUAUGGCGCUGCAUAGUCGCAGACUGAUCAGAGUGCCCAUGAUGACCCCUGUCCAGCGCCUUCAAUGGGGAUGAGAGCACCAGAACUGGACUAUGGAGCAAUGGAAGAAAGGUUGCCUGGUCUAAUGAAUAACAUUUUGAUUUAGACCAAGUGGAAUGUUGGGUGAGUGUGCGUCAAUUAUCUGGGGAAGAGAUGGGAAGUAGGUAGGUUAUUAGCAGCAAUGUUAUGCUCUGAGCACUGUUUUGCUGGGAAACCUUGGGUGGAAGUUACUUUGACACGUACCUCCUACCUAGAGAUUGUUGCACACCAUAUACACCCCUUCAUGGCAACAGUGUUCCCUGAUGGAAAUGGCUUCUUUCAACAGAAUAAUGCAACCUACCAUACUCCAAAAAUUGUUCAGGAAUGGUUUGAGAAACAUUACAAAGAGUUAAAGGUGUUGCCUUGAUCUCCAAAUUCCCAAGAUCUUAAUCCAAAUAAGCAUCUACGAGGUGUGCUGGAACAACAAACCCGAUCCAUCGAAGCCUCAUCUCGUAGGACUUAAAGCAUCUGCUGCUCAUGUCUUGAUGCCAUAUAUCGCAGGACACCUUCAGAGGUCUUGUGGAGUCCAUGCCUUGACACAUCAGAGCUGUUUAGGCAGCAGGAAGGGUCAAAAAGUUAUGGUGCCAGGAGGCCCCCUGGUGCACUGUUAUCUACAGGGGUUAAACCACUUUAGAAUAGUUUAACCCCCAAAGUUGCCUCCAGCACCGAUACUCAACUCACCCAAGUAGAAUCCAGCUCCUGGAAUCUCAAUUUCAGGAAGCCAGGGGUGCCGCUGAUUGGCUGAAGGUGGUCAGCUGACGCCCUCAGCCAAUCAGUGACUCCCCAUUCACAAAACUGGCUUGAAAAAGGUACUUUUCUUUUUAAGAGGUGGGCACACUUGCUGAUGAUCAAUUAAUCAAGGGCAUUUUAUUAGCCACACCUGUCUGCUACAUAGUCUCUUAAUUACUGUGAAAGCAGUAAGGGUGUACUUAGUUUUUCACACAUGGCUUCUCCAUUUUGGCUUUAUUUUUGUUAAAUCAUAAGGUCCAAUAUGUCAUAUGUUGUUGUGCAUCUGAGGUUGUAUUUACCUAGUUGUAAGACCUGCUAAGGAACAGAUGAUUAUGUCCUUAUAUGUAAAACCAUAGAAUUCAAAGAGGGUGUACUUUCCUUUUCCCAUCACUGUAAGUGGUUAUGGAGCUUGGAGUUUCCCUUUUAAGUUUAGAUAAACCGUAUUUAUGGCGGAACUCUCCUAUUCAGCCAAAAUAUACUCGCCAGGUAUCCCCUUUCCCUAACGUAUGAGACCCAGAGUGAUUAUAGCUCUAUCCCUAGUCAACAGCCGUGGCUUGAUGCAGGGUAAGACCGGUUCAGUUUUAUUGGGUGCUUUUUAUGCAACAGUCCACAACAGGGGGUCAUCACCGAAAAAAAUAAAUUUCCCCACCCUGACACCUUGGUGUCUGGGAGAUAACUUGGUCAGAACUAGGUAGUUAUAUUAACUGCCACACAUCAGGGAACCCAACAACAAUAUCCCCAAAAAAAGUUUCCCCUUAGUGCAUCCCCACACAUCAUAUGUUCCUGAAAGGCUCUCCUCCAGAGGGUAUACAGUCCAAAAAGCACCUGGAUCAUAGAUGCCCAUCCCAAGUAAUCCUGAAAGAAAGUUUGACUUGGCCACAACCAUCCUUCAAUGUUGCUGAGUUCCAGGCUGCUGGGUGGAAAGUCUUGGUCACGGAGAAUGGCGGCUCCUGUACAAAAGCUUUCUAAAGUGGCUGGCGUCCUUGGAUGCCUCGUGACCUUGCAAAUCCACAUUCUAAAUAGCGCCCCAUUUGGUGGCCGAGCCCUGUCCAUGUGAGUCUCCCCUCUGAUGAGCUGUUGGCGAAACGCGCGCGUCAGGAACUCGGUGAUCCAGAGACUUUAAAUUUAUUUCAUGUUUUAUUAAGAACAGAUUCUUAUGUCUCAGGAUCCCAAGUUUGUUUAACCGCCAAUAUCUUAGGUGGGGGCAUGGAGCUAUACACACUGAGGAUUUGACAUUAAGCCAUCUUAUCAGAUACACUUGGAACAGACCGCUUAACUACCCCCACAGCAAGAGUGGUUGCAUUGAUUAUUAUUUAUCCACUGAGGCUACACUCCGUGCUUUCUGCAGCAGCGUUCUGCAUCUCUUACGAUCAUGUACAUAGUAAACUGACAUUUAGAUUUUAUGUGCUUUGUCAAUAUCGUCUUGCACAUAGUACUAGACCAAGGUCCCUGCAAAAAACUAUUGAACAGGACCUUCUCACUUGCAUGAAUAGAUGCCAGUUCACUAUUGUUUCAGCUAUAUUUAGAUAGUUUGUUACAACAUCUCUCUUAUAACUGCUGCAGUUAAUGUUACAUUGUAUUCUUAUUAUGGAUUCGUUACUACACUGAGAUCAAAUGUUACUUUACAAAGCCCAUGUGGAUUGCAAAACUUCGGUUUGCACAUAUCACCAGAUGAAGGUUUCUGAAAACUUUUGAACAGAACCUCAUAACGAUCAUACAUACUCUAGUGAUUAUCAGUUUAUUUCUCUGUACUUUUAGAAUUCAGGACCUUUUACCUGAUUCUACUUAUUUUAGUUCUCAAUUAGUUAACCAAAUUGUAUAUACUUUAGUUUAUCAUUUAUUUUCUUGUGAAUUAUUUUGUACAUUCACUACUUUACUUUGGUGUAUCACCAUAUACACACUUUUCUGUCGCUAGUGACAAUUACUAGCCAUUGUAGACUGCUAAAUGAUUGCUGCAGAUACUACUAGAUAGGAUUUAGAAAUAUUUGUAAAUUCUAUUUAUUUAGCCCUGUAUUCUGUUUAUUAGAGGUCCACAGGGUUUCUCUACAUAUUGCCCUGUACUCUAUCUAUUAGUGGUCCACAGGAUCUCCUUACAUAUUUUUCUAUUGACAAGCGAUUUACCAGUGUAUGUUUGUUUAUACGUUGGGCUAUUAUACUUCCGUAUAUUAGAAUGUAGAUACUUUGUUUAUAACUUCUAUUUAGGAUAUCCAGACUAGAUUUUAGAAUUACUAUUAAAAGUUUUAUAUUUUAAGGGCACUCAUUUUCUCUCUUUUCACAAAAUACUGUCCAGGUGAGGUUUUACCGGACCGCGGCAACCCGUGAUCCGACAAACUGUUCCAUGCAAUUCCUGGGUAGCUCCUGGUUAGGCACUCUGGGCCUGUAAGGACCAAUCAUUAGUGAUUAUAAUCCUUUUUGAGGAGAUAUUGGCUGUGAGUCUUGCACUAUUCCAUCUUGACAAGAUGGUUCAUCAUAGCAUUGUUGUGAUGGUUGUAGUGACCUUUUAAUUACUGUUAAGAUGUAUGAAAAAUGUUAUUGAUACUAUGUCUUACAUUGGUUAUCAAUUUUGCCUACCUACAUUCUUUAUAUUUGUUUAUAUAGCUUUAUUAUUUAUAAAAUUAAAAAAAUUUAUGUAUUUUUGCUUUUUUUUUUUUGCUUGUGAGUGAACUUUUUUGACUUCUUUUUUUUUUUUUUUUGUAGAGAAAGGAGUCCUGUGUCUGUUUAUGAACAAUGGACAACAACUCUGUGAACUGAAAGCUUUCCAUGAAAAAUGUCGCUCAUGGUUCAUAGGUCAAACAGUUCAACAAGGUGGGCUUUCUAAAUGCUCCUAUUUAAUUACACAAAUUUUUUACAUUUUAACCUAAAAUGAAAUGCUCCAAAAUAUUUUAAGCAUAUAUGAUACUUUAAGAUCUUUUCAAUGACUCCAGCUCUAUUAUUAAAGGAAUAGUCCAAACAAAAAACUGUCUUUUAACACAUUUUUGUGUAACUUUCUAUGUUACCUCCUCCCCCCCCCCAAUGGGGAAAAUAAAAUUAGAUAUCUAAAACUAGCCUCUAUCCAGCACUAGUUCUCUCUACUGCCAAAUCCUCCUCUGCUGUUUCAUUCUCCCUUACUUAAGGGUGAUGGACAUCAGGGAUGUUGGGCUGAGGGGAGGACAUGGGCAGUGUGGGGUCUGCUGUGCUGCUCUUGGUUGUCUGACAGAUGCCAAAACACCUCUAGCAGUAAAGCGGUUAAACUCUGCAUGUGAACUGUAAUAUAGCAAAAUGCAGUAGAUCCUUCUUGUGCUAUAAACUUGCAAGCACAGCAUUUCAACUGUUCCAUGCCUCCUAGUAACUUCCCUUUUUUAUUUCUCAAAACUUUAAUGCAUGAUCUUUAACUCAUGGUUAAUAAACAGGAUCUAAGGAAAAUUGCUUGCUGAGUUAUAAAAAAAAAAACAAUAACAUAUUCAUGUCAUCACUUAUUUUUAUAAGAAGCUGUAUUUGGAGAUUAAAAAUCUGAAGGUUUAAAAAAAAAAAAGUGUGUUUAUUUUUUUAUUUCCAGAACAUAUCUGUAUAUGGCAUGGGGGAAAGACACAGGACCCUACAAAGAAUGAACUGCCUGUUCCCUAGAUUUACUCACACAGAUAGUAUACAAUGACACAAGAUUAAUUUAUGUUUACAAAGAGACAAAAUACUGAAAAAGAAAACUGCUUUCAAAAACAAGUUUUUAAAGGACUAUAGGGUCAGGAACUCAAACCUGUAUUCCUGACCCUAUAAUGUUACCAUCUAGCCCCCUGGCCCUCUCUUGCCACCCUAAAUAUAGUACAAUCUUACUUGUAUUCAAGUCUACAGCUGCAACAUCUGCCUGUGAACUGCCUCUGUCUGCUGUCAUCAUCAGAAGUUGGUACCCUGAUCCAAUCACAAUGCUUCCCCAUAGGAUUGGCUGAGGCAGAUCAGGGGCAGAGCCAGCAUGAUUUAAACACAGCCCUGGCCAAUCAGCAUCUCCUCAUAGAGAUGAAUUGAAUCAAUGAAUCUCUAUGAGGAAAGUUCAGUGUCUGCAUGCAGAGGGAGGAGACAUUGAAUGUUUGGAUGUAUCUUAGGCAGCCAUGACCCUGGAAGGAUCUCUAACAGCCAUCUGAGUAGUGGCCAGUGAAGUUAUCACUAGGCUGUAAUGUAAACGCUGCAUUUUCUCUGAAAAGACAGUGUUUACAGCAAAAAGCCCGAAGGUAAUGAUUCUACUCACCAGAACAAAUUCAAUAAGCUGUAGUUGUUCUGCUGACUAUAGUGUCCCUUUAAUGUCUACUUUUUCAGUGGUAUUGUAACUUACUAUUGCGGGUUUACUAAUUCAGUAUUGCAUUAUUCUUUCUAGAUGGGAGACUUUUGUUUGCAUCACCAGCUGAUCCAUUAUUUUUCCUGCUGUACUAUUUGGUUAAAGCAUAUAAAGAGGUACAGUAUGUUGUUCAGAUACCUAGCAAUCUUUUGGAGAGCUUGUUGACAUGCAGAUAUUUAGUCACCGGUUCCAGUAACCUGCUUGUAUCAUAACCAUCACAAUGCACUGUAGUAGUUAUGGUCCUUGGUGCCCUUUAGUGAAUUAAAAUUGUGCUUUUCAUGUUAAAAUGUAAUAGUUUUCCUUUCUUUUAGAAAUAGAAGCUUCUAAACCCAUUUUUUUUACUUAUUCUCUCUAUCCCAGAGCAUUUGUUUUUCAUUAACAAUCAAAUUUAUUUGUUUUAGUAAAGGUAAAAAUGUUUUGUUUUGUUUUUUUCAUUCUUUCUUUUCAGCUAUGUACUGGAAUUGGCAAUAAAUAUGUUUGUGUGUGGUCUGUAUAGUAUUCCCAAUCCUACAAUUUUUUUUUUCUUCUGUAAAAAGCCAAUUCCUUUUUUUUUAUUUUUUUUAUUUUUAUAGCAGGGGAAGUUUCAGCCAUUGGAGCAGAUUGUGGUAGAUGAAGAGUUUCCUUCUUGCAACAUGCUGUUAAAAUGCAAUCAAGUUGCUCAAACUGUUCAUCAUAUUACUGAAGAAAAGGGUAAGUCACAAUUGUAAGUGUUUUCCGUAACUAGAGGCGUCCAUGUGACUAGCCUGUAGUCCGGAUGCCCGAUGAUGUAUUUUCUUGGUGUCCUUUGCCACAAUGUUAUCCAGUGUGGCCCAAUCAGCACGUUUAACAGAUAUGCUGUGUGAGAAUUUGGUGGUAGCCCUGUUAGUAACUAAUAUACUGUGAAAAGUGCACCAGAACAAAGUAAACUAACCGCCGGUUUGCUGUAACACACUGCCCUCCCAUACAAUUGUAAGUAAGUGCUCGAGAAUAUGGUGAGAAAAGCCCAUCAAGUAAUUAUUUGCCAGGGGGUCUCGACCCGCCACCACCCGUGGCAUCUAAAGGGUUCUCCCAUUCAACAGGCGUGAAGUGUUGAGUAAUGGUCUUAUAGUAGUGUCGUACUUGGAAGUGGGAGGCCUGGGAAACGUUCCCGUAGUUAAAGGACCACUCUAGGCACCCAGACCACUUCAGCUUAAUGAGGUGGUCUGGGUGCCUGGUCCAGCUAGGGUUAACCCAUUUUUUCAUAAACAUAGCAGUUUCAGAGAAACUGCUAUGUUUAUGAAUGGGUUAAGCCUUCCCCUAUUUCCUCUAGCGGCUGUCUCAUUGACAGCCGCUAGAGGCGCUUGCGUGCUUCUCACUGUGAAUUUCACAGUGAGAGCACGCCAGCGUCCAUAGGAAAGCAUUAUGAAUGCUUUCCUAUGUGACCGGCUGAAUGCGCACGUAGCUCUUGCCGCGCGUUCGCAUUCAGCCGACGGGGAGGAGAAGAGGAGGAUUGGAGGAGGAGAGCUCCCUGCGCUGGAAAAAGGUAAGAUUUAACCCAUUUCCCCCUUCCAGAGCCGGGCGGGAGGGGGACCCUGAGGGUGGGGGCACCCUCAGGGCACUAUAGUGCCAGGAAAACGAGUGUUUUCCUGGCACUAUAGUGGUCCUUUAAAAGGAUUUUUUACUAAAGUGAGAAUUUAGUGCAUUUUAAAGAGUAGCUGGACUGAAAACAUAGUUGGCUGUGAGAAUUUUUAAAGUGUGGAUAUUUUAACCUGAAAUAUGAGAUUCUCUUUAAAUUCCCACUUUGUUGAAUAACCCAGUUAGAUUCCAAUGGGUUCCCACAGAAUAGAGACCUGAAAUAUAUUAAUGACUAGCUGCUGAUAUAAACCAAAUGACAAGUUAGUACUUCCAUCUCUGUAUCCUCAGAAAGUGAGGUAAUAUAAAGGCUCUGUUUCACACGCUAGUUUAAAAUCAUUCCCUAUGAAGGAUCCAGUUAUAUCACAGAUCUAACAUCGGUAGUUUAUCCUUUUGCAUGGACUUUUCAGGAAUCAAAAAAUAUUAUUUUUGCUUGGAAAUAGAUUGGAGUCUUACUGCAGGUAAACAAAUUACCAACAAAGUAAUUUAGAAAUUCUUCAUUUUAAAAUACUGUGUAUAAAGCCUUGUUUUUUGUUUUUAUUUACUGGGUUUUUUUUUUCUUUGGAGGGAGAAAAGGGGGGUGAGAUAUUUAAGCUUGACAAAAGUACUUUUACUACUUUUCUCUUGAGGAUAACCUCGUUACAAACUACGUUUUUAUUUUACCAGAAAUUGGCAGCAAGAAGUUUUACAAGUACAGCAAAGAAAAAACACUUGCAUGGUUAAAGAAAAAGGUAAAGUACUUUUUGUGGUGGGAAACGUAUUAUUAUUGUCGGCGAGUUGCAGUUCUGUCAGGAUAGGAGGUGCUAUGCACCCCGUUUUUGUGUUUUAACUACGAGGCACGAACAUCCUGAACAAAAGGCCAGAGGCUCCAGGGAACCCAGCCACAACUGAGUAGCUAUAGACCUAUUGGGGAGUUUUGAGAAACUCCCCAACCAGCCAACAGUGGUGGGCCCCUUGUCUACUAACGGAAGUCUAUUUUCUAAUAUUAAAUGAUCCUUGCAUAGUUUUUCUGCAGUCAGACUCCUCACUUAAUGUCUUGAUGAGGCUUUGUCAAGUCUCAGGAAUAUGGCACCUCAUGUCACCUCCCCUUCUUCACUUAAACCACUGCACCAGAAAAAUACAUAACCGGCAAAUCUCAAAACUUUUAAACACUUUAAAUGACUUUGUGGUCUUUGUAAGGAAACAUCCACUAUAUGGAAAGCCUUUUAAGUACAAUAUUUUUGCUUGCUAUUACAUUUUCUCACUGUGCUCUUGGCGUUCAGAACAGGUUACAGUUAAAACAUCAUUCGAAAAGGCAAACCCUGUCUGAAUGACUUGCAUAUCACGCUUCUUUAUUUAAUUCCCUUCUAAGAACCUGUUUGUGUACGUAUUAUGUAUUUAUUUAUUUUAGGUGGAUCAGACAGUUAAUGUUCUGAAAAGCAGCAAUAUUUGUGUUGGAGCAGGUGUCCAGUCAGCUAACUUUAUUCGGAGUAAACCAGGACCUGAUGUAAAAGAGGGUAAGAAUCCUAACAUAAUUAGCUUUUUUUUGGAUGGUUGUAAAUAUGAGUGAUAUUUAUUGUUGAUGAUUAUUUUAUAUAUAUAUAUAUAUAAACAUGUAACAGAUUUAACGCUUGCCUUGUGCAAAGGCCUUUUUGUUUUGAUGCCAGUGAAAAAUGUAAUUUGUGCAUAUAGAAAGUUAAGCUACUUGACUGUCGGAGCGCAUUCUUUAAGUAAAUGCAGUAGGAAGAACCAAUGGUAAGGCAUAUUGUCUCAUAAUAUCUACGUGAAGGAAAUGGGCACUUGUGGAACACACAUUGCUUUAGGAACUACUGGAAAAUUAACUAAGAUGCAAAACACAAAGGUAAAAUUAAAAUUGCUUGCAUCUAGAGUAAGGCCCUCUGCACCUAUUGGUUCUGUUGACGCUAUAUAAAUAUUAAUAGUAAAUAAUGACUUUACAUUUUAAUUACUAAGCCAAAUGCAGAGCACUUACAAAUUGCACCCAUAGAAAACAAAUCUGUUUUUGCAUCUGCCCACUAAUUAAAUUUAAUUAAAUAUUUUAGAACUUAAUAUUAUAACUUUUCCUUGCAGUUAAAGCUCUAUUAUGAAAACAGUACUCCAUUUAUAUGUGUAGGUAUUAUAACAUUUGACUAAAAAAAUGUAAAUUCUUAAAUGGAAACUCUAAGCAGCUGGCAAAUGUUGGUUUAAAGAAGCAGUUUGGGUGUAUAGAUCUUGCUCCUCGAUUCUCUGCUUCUUUGAAGUUAAAUGGUGCUUUGUAUCCCCAGAGUUGGAGAACCUCAAAAGCCCUUGUUUGAAAAGUGGCAAACACAUUAUUCAAUUAAGGGAUGUUUUGAGGGUGAGCAACAUGCUAAAAAAUAUAUAUAUAAAAUUAGGCGCAUUCCUGGAUUUGAAUAGUGUUCAGUUUACUGUGUCCAUAAAGUCAAAGUUCAAUAGAUCAACGUUUCGACCUAUUCAGGUCUUUAUCAAGAUCAUUAUUUCAUGCAAACAGAACAUGAGAUCUCUCAAUUACUUGUAGGGCUUAAAUUAAUGUAAAUGCUGUUAAACAAAAGCUUUCUUGGAGAAUCUAAGUAUAACUUAAUAUUGCAAUGAUCAGGAGACUAAAUGUGUGUGCAACAUACACAGAUUAAGGAGGGGGCGGGGCCGGGCCGCCGAGCCGACUGGAAGCCAUCAGCUCUGGCUCCAGCUCUAAGCCCGGAGAAAUGACAUAAAAAGUCGGUACCAACCGCACCAAAGUUGGAUCCUCCAACACCAUUCAACGGAGAAGGACUUCAGCUUUAAUCAGAUACCUGGAAGAAGCAUACCGCACCGAAAUAGACACCCGCGGCCUAAUAGCCAUACACCUAUAUACAUGCAGCCGUUGAGUGCACCCUGAAGACCAGGAGACAAGUCCUCACGGAACGCCAAGGGGGGAGACAGACACCUCCUGUGAGACACCUGCACAUAUGGCACACUGCCCGGGCUUGGGCCCGGCCCCGCUCCCCCCCCCUGGCGGGUGGGGGUUAUCCCGGCCACAUGGCGGCGGCCUACACAGCGGCGGGAGGUCCCGCGCUUGUCCCAAGCCUGCCUCCUGCACUAGCAAAGGCUGCCCGAAGCACAGCCAGCUAGCGGACACGCAAGCUGCCACGGAGAAGAGCCUGCACUAACAUGAGGAGGCACUCUCACGCUGCUGUGGGGACCCUGGUGACUGCGGCCCUUCAGAAAGACCCCUGGGCCCCUGACCCCCGAGAGAGGUGAUGGACCCUGCCUUUGGGUUUGGGGGUGACCCAGAGGAGACCGGCCCCCGACGCUGUGAGUCCUGUGGGAUGGAGGUGCAUCAACCCUUCCGGUGUACCGGUCGCCGUGGGGAGGACGCCCAGUUCCAAGUAUGUGGCCGGCGCUCAGCGGGGCAAGGGGUUCCAUGUACCUCACGGAAGCACAUGUGGUGCUGGGGAGGUGCAGGAGCCGGUCGGAACAUGGACUCUUGGUGGGGGGGUCUAAUGGACUGAUUCGGACUCUGAGUGCCCACAGUGCCACAGGGCGCCAUGCGGGAAGGCUGGACAUAGCCUGGGGAGGUCGGACGGAGGAUUGACGGCCACAGGGGGCCCAAGGCGGCGGGAGUGGGAGUGACUCCCGCCUACUACAGCAGACAUAGCAUCACUCACUCCAUAACACGCAGCAAUACUACCUAUUUAGGCUGAUAUGUUACAUAUAGUCAUCUUAAAAUACCAAAGGAAUGCACAGUUAAUGCUAAAAUGCCCAUAGGGGCCAACUGAUGCAUAUUUAAUUGCGGACUGCUGCAUGACAGACUGUACAGUCGCUUAUCACUGUAAAUCCGAUAUCCCAAAUAGCUUUGUUAAAUAAUAAGGCAGCAAACUAAAACAAAUAUGCUCAUUAUGCUGAAAGUUGAAAAAGUUUUUGUCCUGCUUUGCAUUACCCCCUGAGGCGUUGGUUCACAGUUAUUGCCUAAUGUUUAUUACACUAUAACCUGUAUAAAGCUAGCCCAUAGCGAGGACCUGCUUCGAUUAAAUACCUGAGCUACAUGGGCGCAAAAUAGUUAGGUUUAAUCACCUGCAUUGCCGCUACUCAUACGACACUUAUUGUGGCUUCUAUGGGACGCGCCAUCCGCGGGCUAAUUCGAAUAAAUAAAUACAGUCCCCCGCGCACGGCACCUUAUACAGGCUAUUACAUGCUUGCUAAAAUACACACAGCUCAAUGUAUUGUUGCUAGAUAUUAUUGACGCAUAGCCACUGUCUGCUGAUUUGUCGAUUUAAUGUACUGCUCUGGAACAUACAGAUGACUGAUAUUGUGUGGUACAACUAUAAUCAGCCUCUGCGCAGGCACAUAUGCAACUAUGAUUUUAUAUAACACUGAGCCUCUGCGCAGGCAACCUUAUAUUGAUUCUCGCUUCUCACACUAUGCAUGCAAUUUUACUGCAAAAACAAUAAAAACCAUUUAAAACAACAUACACAGAUUAAUACAAAGGCAAAUAGGUCCCUGUCCUUGAGCUGCGAUCUAGCCACUGAAGCUGUUUUAUACCAGCAAUUGGCUAUAUAGCCUGUGAGAUUAAUCAUUCUAGAGUUUAAAAUGGGGAGUUGAGACGAGGUAGCAGAGGAAAUAAGGAUUGAUGACCAGAGAGAGUUAAUAAUUGCAGCCGCUGGUAACAUGUAAAAUGAAUGAAGAGGUAAUUAAGUGAUGUUACGCAUCUGGAGAAGCAUGCUAUAAUGUAGAAGCAACCAGGGUGGCUAGCUAGGUGGUGCUUAGUGGAAAUUAAAUGCUGUUGUUUCAUAGUCUGCACAGUGAAGGAGUUCAACAUUUAUCCUGUUUCACUAGUGUUCUUUUUUUAUUGCUUCCCUGUCUCCUAGAGGACUACACGCAUUAUGCACAUGGCUUGAUAUCUGAAUAUUUACCGGAGGAUCUUCCGGAGGAACUCUCAAAAUAUCUAGAGUAAGAAUGCAACAAACUUUAUUUUCAUGAAAAAAAAAAAAAUAUAUAUAUAUAUAUAUAUAUAUAUAUAUAUAUAUAUAUAUAUAUAUAUAUAUAUAUAUAUAUAUAUAUAUAUAUAUAUAUAUAAUUUAUUAGUGACGGGUAUUCAUAAGUUACGUACCCAUAUCAGAUGGGUGGUAUGGGUUUUUUUCUAAUACCUUUCUGCAGAAACAACGGCUCUUGCAGUCAGUGUAUUCAAAUGCAAAAGGAUAACCCUGCACCGUUCAUAGUAAAUUGUUUUUAAUGUGGCGUGGGUAGAACUAUGGUAGUAAGGCCACUCAAUAUGGCAUUGUGCCAUUUAUGCAGAGAAGAUAAUGAAAACAGUAGUUAUUUUCUGAUAGUUUUCGUUAGUGAACUGUUAAACUGCAGUUGUAUGAUCAAUUUUUUAAGCAACGAACAGUUUCUAUUUAAUCACAAAUAUCAUUCUUAUCUCUUUUUGGAGAUUGCAAAGAAAUUUAUGGAUUUAACUCAAUAGUUAGUUUAACAAGUUAUACCUUUUUCAGGAUUUAUUUUGAAAAUGAAGUAAAAUAAGAAGAAAUUAUGUCACUUGUGUUGGUGAAGUGAAUUCUCUAUUUGUCAGUUAUCAUUGUGGUGAAUAGUUGCACCACCUACUGGAUUCAAGUUGUUAUUCAUGCGGUUUCACUUAUCGCAAAUUUCUUUGUCAGUUCAGCGGUUGCCCUAAGUUCCUUGAAACCUAAAGGACCACUAUAGUGCCAGGAAAACAAACUCAUUUUCCUGGCACUAUAGUGCCCCCACCCUCAGGAUCCCACUCCCGUGGCGCUGAAGGGGGAGAAAGGGGUUAAUCUCUUACCUGUUUUCCCUCGGCACUGGGACUCUUCUUCCGUCAUCGGCUGCAUGCGCAUGCGCGGCAAGAGCCGCGCGUGCAUUCAGCCAGUCUCAUAGGAAAGCAUUCCCAAUGCUUUCCUAUGGACGCUGGUGUCUUCUCACUGUGAAAAUCAGUGAGAAGCGCCUCUAGUUGCUGUCAAUGAGACAGCCACUAGAGGCUGGAUUAACCCUAAAGUAAACAUAGCAGUUUCUCUGAAACUGCUAUGUUUACAGCAAAAAGGGUUAAACCUAUAUGGACCUGGCACCCAGACCACUUCAUUAAGCUGAAGUGGUCUGGGUGCCUAUAGUGGUCCAUUAAGGAAACAUUAAGUACUUAUUUUCUGGUGUUGAAAUGAAUGACUUAUUGUAGACUCUGGCUUUCUCACACACUACUAAAACAUUUUAAAAAAAACACACAUCUUAAUGUCUUAUAUAGUUAUUUUUCAAUAUUCUCAUUUCACCUUUAUUUGAUCAAUUUAUAUACAUACAUAUAUGCAGCUAUAUACUUGCAUGCCCUGUAUUUUUUUUUUUUUUAAACUAGCUUAUUGACUCUCUUCUGUUUAUUUACUUUUUCUGGCUAUUCUCAGCCAACCUGCACCUUUCACUUUCAGGCACAUCUUCUGCUAAUUAUGACACCCCACUCACACCUCCCUCCCCUUCGAUAAAAUCUGUUGUUUUAAGUGUUAAACUCUAUCAGAUUGAUCAGUAUUGCUUUAGACCUGAGGAGGAGAGUAAAACUGUUGAAAAGCUUGUCUUUGAAAUAUUAUGUUAGUCCAAUAAAAAAUGUAUCAUUGCAUACUGCAAUACGUUGGUAUUUUGGCAUCAUAAAAUUUUUUUAAAUAUAUAUGUCAACAGGAUGUGUUGGCGGUUUUCAAAUGCUGAACGAAGGCUCAAAGACAAUGGAACUAGAUUAAAGUGAACCUGUUAUGAAUAAUUAAACUUACCUUCACUUUCAUAGACGUUAAAUACAUCAUUUAUGAAAAAUAUACAUUGUGUAUUCCACUGUAAAAUAUAGAUUCUCAAUUUUCCUUAAUUCCAGUGAAUCCUUAUGCAUCAUGUUAUUCUUAGUGUAAACCCACCUCUAAAAAGCGCCAGCUAGUGAGUUUCCAUAGCAACCGCAGCACAUGCAUUGUAGUUGCUAUGUGAGGAGAACAGAGGGAUCUCCUGUGGAAGGUCUUUUCUGCUCUCCCUUGUCAGUCAGUGGCGAGGCAAGCCAAGGCAUUGACUGACAACUGGGAGAAAAACCUUUUAAAUAGGUUUUUCUCCUAAUAUUUACAUUUUGCUAGCACAAUGUAUAUAUAGUAUCUUAUGUUCAAUCUAAUGGGCAUGACAAGUGCACUUUUAUUACUAAACCUAUAUAUAUAUUUUUUAUUUUAUUUGAAAAUCAGGUUGCCAGAACUAUCCAGUCCAAUUCACGAGCCCCCUGUUAAGGUAAAUUACAUUACUUUCAUGCAGAAUUGAUCAAUGCUAUAUAUGUCUGCUUCAGCUAACUGUCAAAUUUUCCAAUCAUUGAAUUCUCUCUUUCUAUGUAAUACAGUAAAAGAGAUCACUGCACUAGUCUAAAAUGUUGAGGGUACAAUGCAUAAAGUAGCAUGCAGUUGCAGUUCAUAGCUGCCACAAAAUGUUUGUUUAGGUCUCAAAUGUAGGUAUCUGGUUUCUUUACUUGUUAUCGCCAGAUAUACAGAAUUCAAUAGUACAAUUACUAAAUAAAUUUGGCCAAGGAUGAUCAAUAGGUAUAAAAUAUAUAUUUUUGCAUGCUGGGAGUCAGGGAAUGUUUGAUGGCCACUUGAGCCACAUUCCAGUCCCCCAUAUCCAUAAUGUUAAUCUAAACUGACUUAUAAAAAUUACAUGUGGAGUUUAACUUAUGUUGGCUUCUCUGAUGCAACCUUGGGACAAGUGGGUGUUUGGUCCACAACAUUGGUAGCUUGAUGACUGACCAAGCACUUUUCCCAUUUUUUUUAAAAUCACAGAAAAGGAGAGUUUCAGACACACCAUUGGAAGCCGAUGAGGACUACACAAAAUUUAACUCCAACAGCAAAAAUAAAAAGGUGGGCAUUCUAUCAACAUUUCUCUUCUCGUAUAAUAAAAUGUUGUUAUUAAAGCAGUGUCUCUUUAACAAAUUACAGUUACUUAUAUGUAAAGCUGAAUGGCUCCUUAUUCUUCUUUCCCUGUGAUUGAUGGAUGUUUGUUUAAUCUUUCAAGUGGCUAUGCAGCAGUUUCUUUGCUUGUAAUUAAAAAAUAUACUGUUUACACCUUGAUCACUUUUGAAAUUUAUAUUCAUAGUAAUGUGCGUUCAUGUAAAAUGUAUACAGUAACACUUUCCCUAUAUACCAUUUCAUUUUAAUUUAGCAGUCCACCAUAACAUUGCUUUUAUCUGUUUUUAAGAUUGGUGAAGUUGGAUCAGUUGAGCGGAUUUCCUUCGCAUUAGUUAUCAUAUUAGUUGUAUGGGUUGUUCACACAAAUAUUGUGAUAGUCUGACUAGAGAAGUGGUUACAGGAAACACAGGUUUUAAUCCCGGUCAGACCACCACUAUGUGUCCCUAGGCAAGACACCUAAUGAUAUAUAUCCACCUACCUCAAAGCUUCAUAGAUUGUAAGUCUUUUGAGCAGGACCUUCUUCACCUCAUGUCAAAUAUCCUCUUUCUGUAAUUGUAAAGUGCUGAAGAAUAUGCUGGCUUGAUAAUAAUGCUAAUAUGAAUAAUCGUAAUAAAUCUGGUCUCCUGGCAACAUGAAUAUUAGAAUUCUGACAAAGGAAAGACCUGUAGGAAACACCCCAAGUCCAGCCAUGCUAAUAUUACUACCCCGUUAAAUAAUUUAGCACACUUGCAAUCUCACCUUCAAUAUUGUACAAAUACAUAUGUAUUCACGAACACACUUCCCCAUCGUGAGUUAUUCACUCAUAUUAAAAAUACUGCACAGCAGGUGUUAGGCUGCAGGAUGGUGCCAUUUGGGUGAUAGCAUGUUUUUUGAUUAGGUUUUAUUUUAUUUUUUUGGUAUUUUUUUUUUUUUUUAAAGAUUAUAAAAACUCAUCACAUACUAGAAUACAAAGGUAGGGAUGAGUUGCUGUAUUUAAUUAUUUUAAUGAAAUGAUUUCUAUACUAAAAACCGUUUUGAGGUGGAAGUUGUUGAUUAAUUUUUCAUGUCACACAAUGUAACAUUGUUUGUUCUAAAGCGUGGGUGGGUUGUACAGAUGGAGGCACCAGAAUGGACUGGUAAUGUGUCUUUGGAGUGGUCACCUUCACAUAAAAGCUGUAGCCUAAUUAUUAAAUGAAUAAUAUAAACACUAGUUUCCACAACUGAUGGCUUGGUCCUAGUAGUCUUCCUUAUGGUAAAACACCCCUGCUAUAAAAUGUGUAUAGAAACUUGAGAAGUGCGAGCUGCAGGGUAAAUAGUUUUUUAUUUCUAAAUGCAUUACUUCCUUAAUGUCUCUUUCACUAAUCUCUUGUUUGCUCAUUGCCAGACUCAGACUUUAAAGUUUCUUACAAAAGGUAUAAGUUAAUGUUAAAGGACCACUACAUGCACCCAGACCACUUCAACAUAAUGAAGUGGUCUGGGUGCCAGGUUCAGAUAGGAUUAACCUUUUUUUUUAUUUAUUUUUUUGUAAACAUAGCAGUUUCAGAGAAACUGCUAUGUUUACAUUAGGGUUAAUCCAGCCUCUAGUGGCUGUUUCAUUGAUAGCCGCUAGAGGGCUUCCGCGCUUCUCACUGUGAUUUUCACAGUGAGAAGACGCUUGUGUCCAUAGGAAAGCAUUGAGAAUGCUUUCCUAUGGACUGGCUGAAUGCGUGCUGGGCACUUGCCGCACAUGCGCAUUCAGCCGAAGAGGUGGAGGAGAGCUCCCAGUGCUGGAGAAAGAGGUAAGUUUAACCCCUUCCUCCCCCUAGAGCCUGGCGGGAGGGUGACCCUGAGGGUGGGGGUAUGCUUUCCUGGCAAUAUAGUGGUCCUUUAACUAGACCAACUUAGGAGAUGUCCGAUUUACUGAUCACAAACCAGCUAUCUGUUUACCUAAACUUGUGGAAACAAUUAACACUUACACUGUCAAUCAUUCUCACAAAAGAAAAAAGUUGUUGUUCUGUUUGGGGGGGAUGAGGGGGUCUAUAUUUCAGAGUGGAUGGAAAAUAAAUGAUACUUAAAUCAAAAUUGGAUUUUAAUAGAUUUUUUUUAAUGUGUUUUCAAGGAAAAUUGUAUCUAAAAAUAGUUCUUUUCAAUAUACAUAAUAGUCCAAACGAGGCUUGUAUAUUUAUGCAACAUUUAAUUUUUUUGGUAACUGAUAUUUCAGCUGUUUAAUAGAUAACUCUGAAAUUUGCUAUCCUUAUGUGGGGUUGCUAUGCUUAAGAAUACUAACAUAGGGAGCCAUCUACUCUUGUUAUCUUAUCUUUUUUAUUUUUUAUUUUACUGUAAAUACUGUAUUUGAAGAUGUCCCUCCAUCCAUUUACAGUGAUAACAUUCAACCCUCGUGCAGGAAAAAGGUUGCUGACCCCUGGUAUAAACAAUGCUUAAUGGUAGUAACUGGGAUUAGGCUGAAUAGCAAUUUCCCCAUUGAUAUCUAAUAACUAAAAAAAAAAAAAUUACAAAAAAAAAAAAAACGUUUUUUGUGUAUCCGAACAAAAUGUUUAAAAGUUAAUGCCAUUUUAUAAAAAAUCAAAGUAAUUUGUCAUUGUUGCUUCUAUACAAGAAAUAUAAGUUAACAUGAAGUUGCUUGUUUAUCAUAGCUACUCCUUGUCAGUCCCACACUGCACAAAUUAAACCAGACCUGUCCAUUAUUCUUCAUACCAACAGAAUCUACUUGAAACCCUGUCUAUAUAUAUAUUUUUAUUUUAGUUUUGGAAGUUGUGAAUUAACAGCUAUUAACUGAGUGAGACUUGUUGGGAAUGCAAAGUCAAUUUUAAAUUAAAAGUCAAAAUAACUUGGCUGCAAAUAUUCAAGCCAGCUAUACGGAUAUUAUCUGAAAUGUGUCAUGCAUGGUACAAUUUUGAAUGCUGUUUUUUUUUUUUUUUUUUUUUCUUGAUCACGUGGAUACCCCCACAUCUCCUCUCACAAACCGUUCUUUCUUUUUCCUACCCUUACAGACUAAUAGCAAGUUGACAGCAGCACAGAAAUCAUUGGCCAAAGUGGAUAAGAGUGGCAUGAAAAACAUAUCUUCAUUUUUUGGUCCCAAGAGCAAGGUGUCAAAAUGAAGAAAAAAAAUGGGGGCGGGGGGGAAACUGUUUGUUUAUUUUGAAACUGUUAUAUUUUAUAUAAUAAAAAUGCUUUGUUUGUGUACCAA